AGAAGCCACGCCAGAGAGAGAGAGAGAGAGAGAGAGAGGCUGUUCCUUUAAAGCAAAACUGAAAAAAAAAAUUGCCUUCAGGCGUCCUAUUACAGCGGAACGAGCCAAGGAUCGGGAUUUGCAGCUCAGCUAUAUAAACCCGGCAGAAUCUGGCUGCUCGGACCAGUUCUCGUCGCUGUCAAAGCUCUCUGUGCCUCCCGCUCACCGCCAGACACCGCCAACUCCGCGCCGAGUUUUGACAGGACGGCAGCAAAGUCAGGAGCCCCGAGCUGACUUUGAGCAUCUUUAUUUAUUUCAUGGAGGCUGCUCCCAGCGGGAUCUAAGCUCUGGCAGAGGCUCGAAGGGGACAAAGACACCAGGAAAGGAAAGGACCUCCAGCUUGGUUGGACCUGGCUCUCCAAUUUCCGCUCCAGAUUACGAAGGCCAAACAGACCUAAGACUCUCUCAGCCUUGAAAGGGAACCGGGCACCACAAUGGGACUCCCCAGUCGGGUUUUGGCCUGCGCCGUCCUCGCUUUGCUGUGCCAGCACGUCACUGGGGGACUCAUCAAGAGAAUUAUCCGGCGGAGGAGGGAGACUGGGCUGAACGUGACCUUGCCAGAGGAUAACCAGCCCGUGGUUUUUAACCAYGUCUACAACAUUAAGCUGCCCGUUGGCUCGCUCUGCUCCGUGGACCUGGACUCGGCGAGCGGUGACGCCGACUUGAAGGGGGAAAUCGAGCCCGUCAAGAAUUACGAGGAGCACACGGUGAAUGAGGGGAACCAGAUYGUCUUCACUCACAGGAUUAACAUUCCCCGCCGGGCCUGUGGCUGUGCAGCUGCCCCAGACAUCAAGGAUCUGUUGAGCAGGCUAGAGGAGCUCGAGGGGCUGGUCUCCUCCCUGCGGGAGCAGUGUGCCAGCGGGCUUGGAUGCUGUCCUAAUUCCCAGGCAGUAGAAGGUCGCCUGGACACCACCCCUUACUGCAGCGGGCACGGCAACUAYAGCAUGGAGAUCUGCGGCUGCGUGUGCGAGCCCGGCUGGAAGGGCCCCAACUGCAGCCAGCCCUCGUGUCCCUCCGACUGCAACGACCAGGGCAAGUGCGUGGACGGGCUGUGCGUGUGCUUCGAGGGCUACGGGGGCCCCGACUGCGGCCAGGAGCUCUGCGGCCACGGCUGUGGUGCCCACGGGCGCUGCGUGGGYGGGCAGUGYGUGUGYCAYGAGGGCUUCGUGGGYGAYGACUGCAGCGUGCCCCUGUGCCCMCACAACUGCCACGGCCGCGGGCGCUGCGUGGACAGCGAGUGCGUGUGCGACGAGGGCUACACRGGCGAGGACUGCAGYGAGCUCAUCUGCCCCAAYGACUGCUUCGACCGCGGGCGCUGCGUGAACGGCACCUGCUUCUGUGAGGAGGGCUUCACCGGCGAGGACUGCGGCGAGCUGGCCUGCCCCAAUGACUGCCACGGCCACGGGCGCUGCGAGAACGGGCUGUGCGUGUGCCACGAGGGCUUCGUGGGCGACGACUGCAGCGAGAGGAGGUGCCCCAAYGACUGYCACAACCGCGGGCGCUGCGUGGCCGGGCGCUGUGUGUGCCACGAGGGYUACCUGGGAGAGGACUGCGCAGAGCUGCGGUGCCCCAAUGACUGCCAUGACCGCGGGCAGUGCGUGGACGGGCAGUGCGUGUGCCAUGAGGGUUUCAUCGGCGAGGACUGCAGCGAGCUGCGCUGCCCCAACGACUGCCACAACCGUGGGCGUUGUGAGAACGGGCAAUGCGUGUGUCACGAGGGCUUCACUGGGGAUGACUGUGGCCAGCUGCGGUGUCCCAAUGACUGCCACGGGCGCGGGCUGUGCGUCAAUGGACAGUGCGUGUGCCACGAGGGCUACACGGGCGAGGACUGYGCGGAGCUGCGGUGUCCCAACGACUGCCACAACCGCGGGCGCUGUGUGGAGGGACGCUGUGAGUGUGACAAUGGCUUCACCGGGGAGGACUGCAGCGAGCUGGCCUGUCCCAAUGACUGCCACGGGCGUGGGCGCUGCCUGGACGGGCGCUGCGUGUGCCACGAGGGCUUCGUGGGYGAGGACUGCCGGGAGCRCUCCUGCCCCAACGACUGCAACAACGCGGGGCGCUGCGUGGACGGGCGCUGUGUGUGCGAGGAUGGGUACAUCGGGGAUGACUGCUCCCAUGUGUCUCCUCCGACUGAGCUGACCGUGACCAAUGUGACGGAUAAAACAGUCAAUCUGGAGUGGAAGCACGAGAACCUGGUCAACGAGUACCUCGUCACCUACGUCCCCACCAGCAGUGGGGGCUUGGACAUGCAGUUCACAGUGCCAGGGAACCACACCGCUGCCACCAUCCAUGAGCUGGAGCCCGGGGUGGAGUACUUCAUCCGUGUCUUUGCAAUCCUCAAAAACAAGAAGAGCAUUCCAGUCAGCGCCAGGGUAGCCACAUAUCUGCCUGCUCCAGAAGGUCUGAGAUUCAAAUCUGUCCGGGAAACGUCCGUCCAGGUGGAGUGGGACCCUCUGAACUUUUCCUUUGAUGGCUGGGAGCUGGUCUUCCGUAAUAUGAAAAAGGAUGAUAAUGGUGACAUAACCAGCAGCUUGAAAAGGCCAGAGACAUCCUACAUGCAGCCAGGUUUGGCACCAGGGCAGCAGUACAACGUGUCCAUCCAUGUCGUGAAGAACAACACCAGAGGACCAGGACUGUCCAAAGUGAUCACCACAAAACUUGAUGCCCCCAGCCAGGUGGAGGCCAGGGACGUCACCGACACCACCGCUCUCAUCACGUGGUCCAAACCCUUGGCUGAAGUUGAAGGUGUGGAGCUCACUUACGGCCCCAAGGACAUCCCAGGGGACAGGACAACCAUUGACCUCUCUGAGGAUGAGAACCAAUAUUCCAUUGGGAACCUGAGGCCGCACACCGAGUACGAGGUGACGCUCGUGUCCCGUCGGGGGGACAUGGAGAGCGACCCCGUGAAAGAAGUGUUUGUCACAG